UUUGGUCCACUUCGUGGCUUUUGAAUUGGUGAAAGAUAGAGAUACUCGAGCAUGCUGUGUAUAUCAAGAUCCUGCAGUUACAGAUAUUGUUUGUGUUGCUCUGAAUGGAAUAAAAUCUGGAGAUAAGACUCUUACUGUUAGACGAGCUUAUCAGCUGAAAACCAGCCAAAACCUGCACUACAGAGAGUCAUGUUUCCACAAGAAUUAGCGGCAACGAAGGUGAAGGUUGCUAGUUUAAGCCAGGCUAUAUCUGCUGCUGCUGAUGGACUUGAUGGUCCUGAUCGUUUAUUUGUGGGUGGUAUUCCUGAUUACUUUAGAGAAGCAGAGAUCAGGACACUUCUAGAGACUCUUGGUCCACUUCGGGGCUUUGAAUUGGUGAAAGAUAGAGAUACAGGAAUUUCAAAGGGUUACGCGUUCUGUGCUUAUCAAGAUCCUGUGGUAACAGAUAUUGCUUGUGCUGCUAUGAAUGGAAUAAAAUUUGGAGACAAGACGCUCAUACUUAGACGAGCGCCAAAACCUGAGCAAGAAGGCAGAUUAACUCAUGCACUACAGAGACUCACGCUUCAGCCAGAAUCAGUGGCACGAAGGUUUGUUCGUAUAAGUCAGGCUAUAUCUACUACUGAUCUGAAAGAUGAUAAGGACUAUGAAGAUAUUGUAGAUGAUAUGAGAAGAGAGGGAUCCAAAUAUGGUACUUUGGUUAAUGUUGUGAUACCUCGGCCCCGACCAAAUUGGGAACCAUCACCACCUGGAGUUGGAAAGGUAUGUUCAUGAUCUUUUAAAAUAGUCCCUUGGUGCUGAUUAGUACUAAUUCUAGCCUCUGAAUGUCCUUUACAUAUAUUUUAUUUGUCAACGGUUAGUUAUCUUAGCAGCAAUACUGCUUCCUUGCUUGGAAGAGAUCCUGAGUGUGCAUGUGUGUGUCCCCUUUUAAAAAGAAAAAAUUAAUGUUACAUGAUGGCCUUUUUGUUUUGGCCAAAUACAUGCUGGUUUCUUGAAGCCAAGGUUUAGUAUGCGUAAACUGCUUUGGUGUGUUUGGUUUAUUGGUGUUGAGUUCUGAUACACAUUAAUUAAUUAUUAAUUAAUUAAUGGAAAAGCAUGUGUCUAGAUGGAUUGGUUUGAAAACAAGUUUAUGAUUUCAAGCGCGAAAACCAAACAAGCACUAAAAGAUGUGACUUGUUGGCUGGCAAACCCAAU